CGUAACUGAAAGGACAAGUGUGCGGUGUCAUAAAGCGACAUGCCUGGAGCUGGUUGGGAAACAAGGAAAGAUUAGUGUUUUUCUCCGAAGGGCUGAAAAAUCGAGGCUGAGUUUGAGCAACCAACAAAAGGCUGCUUGUUUUUAAAGUCGGGACCUUGUUUCUGUUCAUCCACCUGAGCUGAAACAUCCUGAACAAGACACUUUCCAACGCGUCGUGGAACAUUUUACACUUUUGCAAACGUUCGUUUAUCUGUUUUAUUAUGUAGAUUAUAUGUUUCCGCAGCUGUCGUUUUCUACAUUUUCACGGGAAAACAUCUUCCGAUUGGUUUUCUGUUACCGUAAUCAGCUCCAUCUGGAAACUAUUUUCGAUUAGAAAGAGUAUUUUAUAAAAUGAUCGUUAAUCUUUUAGUGUAUUUGGAGUGUAAACGUGAGUCUCAUCCUUGUAGCCCCUCCUCUUUCUGCUGCAGAGCCACAACACAGAGAGCUGAGAGAAUGUCAGUCUGACAGCAAACACUGAGCAGGACGCAGAUUUCCAGAGGACACCGAGGCAGGAAUAAAGACAGUCUGGACAUCUCUUGGACUUGGUAACAAGGGAGUAAAGAGAGUAGACCUGUGAUUUUAGCUCUGUUGGAUUUUAUUCUCUUGCUCGUGAGUAAAGACUGUAACUGAACAAGGGUUUCUUCCCUGUGAAGUGGAUCCACAUUCACUCUGCAAACUCUUUCAUUUCUGUCACAACACUAUGGAAGCUGCAAGUUUUAAACAGUUCAGUUCAUACUUCACAAAUGUGCAUUUAGUCAGCUGAUUGAACAGUUUAUGUCAGAGUGGUAACUAUGGUUGAGCCGGUGGGGUUUGUGGAGGCGUGGAGAGCCCAGUUCCCUGAGACUGAUCCUCCUUGCAUGGAGCUGAACUCUUUAGGGGACAUUGAACAGGAGCUGGACAAAUGCAAAACAUCUAUCAGGCAGUUGGAAAAGGAAGUAAACAAGGAGCGCUUCCGGAUGAUCUACCUGCAGACUCUGCUGGCAAAAGAGAGGAAGUCUUAUGAUGGGCAGAGAUGGGGCUUUAAAAGGACACCCAAGACAACUGAGGCAGACCUGCCCAGCAGCCCAGAUGGUCAGAGGGCCCACAUGGAGGAGGAGCAGCACCACAGGGGGCAUGGCAAGAUAACAAGGUGUAAACCAACUCCAGAGGGAGAGGUGGACGGUGCUUCCCCCGCCAAACAGAUGGGUGGGGUGUCACCCGUCCGCCAAGAGUCCGAACUUCCUGAUUUCCCAGUGGGCACAGGGUCGGUGGCAGCUCUGAGGUCCAACUUUGAGCGCAUCAGGAGAGCCAACUCCCACACAGCCGGGGAUGGCAGAGGGCUGUCGGUGAUAGGCGGCCUGGAGAAACCCUUCUACGUGAACAUGGAGUACCAUCACGAACGAGGGCUGGUCAGAGUGAAUGACAGGGAGGUCUCAGACAAGAUCAGCACCCUGGGGUGUCAGGCCAUGCAGAUGGAGAGGAAGAGGUGUCUUCACUCUCUGCCAGGGAACCUGUCAGCUGCCACAGGAGACAUCAGCAAGGCUGUCCAGAGAGGCAGGUCUACUGAGGGGAACUGCAGCUACAACGGGUCAUAUGACGAUGCUGAGGUCAACCCACACUUCCUGAGAGACAGCGUGAUCCGGUCCACUGGAGGGAAGUCUGAGCGGCAACCUGUGGAGUGCCAGCCUUACACCAGUGUGUAUGUUGGGGGGAUGAUGGCUGACGGGGACACUCGGGUCAUCCACAUUAGGGACCACAGCAUAGAGGAGGAGGCUCACCUUACCUGGCCGAGGCGCUCCUACUCUCCCGGGGGCUUCGAGGAUGUAGGAGGAGGAUACACACCAGACUGCAGCUCUAACGAGAACUUGACAUCUAGUGAGGAGGACUUCUCCUCGGGCCAGUCCAGCCAUGUGUCUCCCAGCCCCACCACCUAUCAGAUGUACAGGGAGAAGAGCCGCUCGCCUUCGCAGCACUCCCAGCAGUCCUUCGACAGCAGCAGCCCACCCACCCCUCUGUCUCAGAAACGUCUGAAGCAGCAGGUUUCUGAGGCCUCCAUCAUUGGGGUCCACAAAACAGGCCAGAUCUGGCCCAGUGACGGAGACUCCACCACGUCCAGCAGGACCUCUCAUGACAACAGCGUUCAAGGAGAUCUGGAGGCUUCCUGCAAUGAAAACCCUCCGUCAUACGGCUACGACCUGGAGCAUUCAGAGGAGCAUCAGCCUCGCCACGACCCUCUAUCCUUCACCGGAUCUCCUUCCUCCUCACCACAGCUCCGCUCCAAGAGCCGGAGCAGCCGAGACACCCAGUCCUCCGGUUCUCUGGAGUCCACACUGUCGGUGGAGCUGGACCAGGAGAAGGGUCUGGAGAUGAGGAAGUGGGUUCUGUCAGGAAUCCUGGCCAGCGAGGAGACCUACCUCAGCCACCUGGAGGCCCUGCUCAUACCUAUGAAGCCUCUGAGAGCUGCAGCCACAACUUCCCAGCCAAUGCUGACUAUCCAGCAAAUAGAGACCAUCUUCUUCAAAGUGCCAGAGCUUCAUGAGAUCCACAAGGACUUCUAUGACGCUCUGCUGCCCCGAGUCCAGGACUGGAGCCACCAGCAGUGUGUGGGCGACCUCUUCCAGAAGCUGGCCAGCCAGCUUGGAGUGUACCGGGCCUUUGUGGAUAACUAUAAGGUUGCUGUGGAGACGGCGGACAAGUGCUGCCAGGCAAACGCUCAGUUUGCAGAGAUAUCUGAGAAUCUCAAGGUCAAAAGCACAAAAGACUGCAAAGACCAGUUGGCUAAAAAUUCACUGGAAACUCUUCUCUACAAGCCUGUGGAUAGAGUGACCCGCAGCACACUUGUUCUGCAUGAUUUACUGAAGCACACACCAUCCAGUCACCCUGACUAUCCGCUGUUACAGGACGCCCUGCGCAUCUCCCAGAACUUUCUUUCCAGUAUUAAUGAAGAGAUCACCCCACGCAGACAGUCAAUGACAGUUAAGAAGGGAGAGAACCGUCAGCUGCUGAGAGAUCGCUUCAUGGUGGAGCUGGUCGAAGGGUCCAGGAAACUUCGUCACGUCUUCCUCUUCACCGACCUGCUGCUCUGCACCAAGCUGAAGAAACAAGCUGCAGGAAAAGGGCAACAGUAUGACUGUAAGUGGUACAUCCCACUGGCUGACCUGACCUUCCAGACCAUCGAGGACUGUGAGUCCACCCCCAUCCCUCUGGUCCAGGAUGAGGAAAUCGAUGCAAUGAAGAUCAAAAUCUCCCAGAUCAAGAACGAUAUCCAAAGAGAAAAGAGAACCACCAAAGGAACCAAGGUGAUUGAGCGGCUGAGGAAGAAAUUAUCAGAGCAAGAGUCUCUGCUGCUUCUCAUGUCCCCCAACAUGGCGUUCAGAGUAGCCAACAGAAAUGGCAAAGGUUUCACCUUCCUGAUCUCUUCUGAUUAUGAGCGUGCAGAGUGGAGGGAGAUAAUUCGAGAGCAGCAGAAGAAGUGCUUUAAAAGCUUCUCUCUGACCUCUCUGGAGCUGCAGAUGCUCACUAACUCAUGUGUGAAGCUCCAGACUGUUCAUUCUAUUCCAAUGACCAUGAAUAAGGAAGAUGAUGAAUCUUCUGGUUUAUAUGGUUUCCUGAAUGUCAUUGUCCACUCUGCGUCAGGGCUCAAGCAGAGCUUAAAUCUGUACUGCUCCCUGGAGGUGGAUUCCUUUGGCUACUUUGUCAACAAAGCCAAAACACGUGUCUAUAGAGACUCUACAGAGCCCAACUGGAACGAGGAGUUUGAGAUAGAACUGGAGGGCUCUCAGACUCUGAGGCUGCUCUGCUAUGAGAAGUGCUGCAACAAGAUCAAGCAGAGCAAAGAGGAAGGAGAGUUCACAGACAAGAUCAUGGCCAAAGGACAAAUAAAGCUGGAUCCACAGACGCUGCAGAAUAAAGACUGGCAGAGGACAGUCAUCACCAUGAACGGCAUUGAGGUGAAGCUUUCCAUGAAGUUCACUGGCAGAGAAUUCAGUUUAAAGCGAAUGCCUUCCCGGAAACAGUCCGGCGUGUUUGGAGUGAAAAUCAACGUAGUUACAAAGCGAGAACGCUCCAAAGUCCCGCUCAUUGUGCGCCAGUGUGUGGAGGAGAUUGAGCGACGAGGGAUGGAGGAAGUGGGAAUCUACAGAGUGUCUGGUGUCGCGACUGACAUCCAGGCACUGAAAGCUGCCUUUGAUUCAAACAACAAGGAUGUGUCUGUCAUGAUGAGGGAGAUGGAUGUAAACGCCAUUGCUGGAACACUGAAGCUGUAUUUCCGUGAGCUGCCGGAGCCUCUUUUCACCGAUGAGUUGUACCCCAACUUUGCUGGAGGCAUCGCUCUGUCGGACAGUGUGGCCAAGGAGAGCUGCAUGGUCAACCUGCUGCUGUCUCUACCAGAGCCCAACCUGGUCACUUUUCUCUUCGUGCUCGAUCACUUAAAAAGAGUGGCUGAAAAUGAGGGCAUCAACAAGAUGUCUUUGCACAAUCUGGCCACAGUGUUUGGUCCCACUUUACUUCGGCCCUCUGAAAAAGACAGCAAAAUCUCAAGCAGCUCUCAGCCAAUCUCCAUGAACGACAGCUGGUCUCUGGAGGUCAUGGCUCAGGUCCAAGUCCUUCUCUACUUCCUUCAGCUGGACAGCAUCCCAACACCUGACAGUAAACGUCAAAGCCUUCUCUUCUCAACUGAAGUAUAACAGGAACAUCAUGGGUUUGUCCACAAAUGUCCUGCUCUGAGGAAGAACGUAGGCUGCUUCGUGAGAUGGAUGCUGCUGGGCAGGCAGACUCGCUGCUUUACUCUGAGGAGUCUUCAUUUAGCCACCAGGGGGAGCCAUCUCCCCCAAAAAACUGGAAACAGCCACCAUGACCAAAGCCAUUUCUUUUAGAGAUGUGAUGAGCAUGUGUGUUCUGUUUGCUUUAAAGCUUACCUGCUGUGUCUUUGUGAUGUAUGGACAAAAUAUAUCAUUCCUUUUUUAAAUUUAAUUUAAACUUCAAGAAGCAAUAUUAUCUGUACUUCCCCUGCCCUGUUCUGUCACUGUGCACAUUAGCCUGAUAAGAAGGGGAUCUCUGCUGUUGCUGGAUUUUGUGAGGUUUAUUUCUGUUGGUUGAAGAUGAAUGAAUGGAUGGAUGAAUGACUGGAUGAAUGGACAUUAUUUUUAAUGUAUUUUUCCCUAGAAAUGUUUGACUUGGUUUAAAGCUCACCUGUGCCAAUGUUUCCCUGCUGAUGACCAAUAGAACAUUUCAUUUAUCCUAAUGUUUACACUCUCUGAAUUUUGUACAGAAUUUAAAAGUAUGAGACUGAAAACUGUAGCUAACAGACACCAACAUGCAGGCAUGUUGACCUAACCGUUCAGGGUAUUUUUUUGUUUGUUUGUUUUUUUUGUGUGUUACCCAGUUUGUGUAGUGAUCUUAUUCAGUUUGCAGGCUCUUCUGGUGGUUAAGGUUGAGACAACUUUCAUGUAGAUCUGAGUGCUUUCUGGAGAUGGUACAGAGAAGUGAGAAAAAAAAUCAUUCCAGAAAAAGGCACAGCCUAGUUCUUUCACUUAUGGAAUGUAUACUGUUUAUUGUGUAAUUUGAAUUUCACAGUUGUCUUUUUGUCCAUAUUUCACGUGUCCACAUGAUUCUUUUUUUAGAUUCUGUUUGAGUUGAUGUAUUCAGCUGGAGUUAAUAUAUGUAUUGCUUUCUGCAUUCCUUCUCUGUAAGUCUUUUACCUUUCUAUAACAAAACCACACUGCUGUAGAAAUGAGAGCACCUGGAGAUUAUCUAAAAUACCAAAUAUUUCCCUGUAGGACCCUCGAACACAUUGAUUCACUCAUAUCCAAAUAUGCUGAGUUCUUCACUGGUUUAUCAUCCACACACCUAGUAUUACUUUUAAUGCUCUGUGAAAAUACACUGUGUGCUUGCAUUCAUAUUUUUUUCUUGAAAUCACUACAAGUAUUCAAGCACUUGUUAGUAGAAACUGUAACCCUGAAGGCUUUUGAUUCGUGUAAAAUAAGCAAUAACUCUUAGUGAUUCUUAGGAUGACCAGUGUGUCAUGUAUGUAUGAUUUAUGUAAAUAAAAACUUGGUAACCUU